AAUUGACCCAAAUCGAUGUUUUUGGGAGUCAACACUCUCAAAGCAAAGCCAAGCCAAGCCAAGAAAGUGAAUGUGAGACGGCAACCAUAUAGCAUGGCAGAAUCGAUCGAGGCGUGGCCGGUGGGACUCAGAUUCAAACCGACGGAGGACGAACUCAUCGUUCAUCACUUAAGAAAAAAGCUCAAAGGAGAAAUGGAAACUAUUUGCGUGAUUCCCGAGCUAUACAUCUACAACUGGGAGCCUCCGGAGUUAUUUGCACGAUACAAGGAAUUGUCAAGUAUCCCAUCGGAUGGAAGCGAGUGUUUCUUCUUUUGUCCCCAUGGUCGUAAGAGGAAGAGGAAGACUGAGUGCGGAUUUUGGAAAGAGACAUGUUCCAAACGUGUUAUACAAGCACCAGACACCGGUGAGGAGAUAGGGCUCAGGAGAGGCUUGGUUUACCACAAAGGUCGACAAAGAAAUUCCCAAAGGACCAAUUUGGGCAUGACCGAAUAUCACCUAAACUCGAAUGUUUCAGAUAGUGAAAUUUCAGACCCGGCGGCGAUGGUUCUGUGUCACAUAAUAAACAGGAAAAGUAAGAAAGCAAAGUCACCAACAGCAGGUACUUCAACUGAUUUAAGCGGCCCUAGCAAUCUGAAUGAUUCCCAAAAUGAAGAAACACAAGAUAUUAGUGAACUGGCAUCUCCUGGAGUUACUGUUGAAUUCCCUCUGAAUGAGACGUCAAAUUUAAAUUUUCCAGGCCAGAAUGUGCCUAUUCCCGAUCAGCAGCCUCAAACGACCAAAGAGCAAUGUUUGUCUCAUGAUAUUUACGAGCACGAUGAACCCAGUGACGGAUAUUGUUCUCUGCCAUAUUCUUCAAGUGACUAUAUUGAUCUCGUGGAUCUCUUUAACUUUGACGAGAGCAUUAAUUAGUAUGCCAAACUUGAGUGAUAUUGCCAGUGUUUGAGGACAUUUAUAAAUGUUAAUCUCAGCCUUGCUUAUUGUAUCAGUGAUAAUGCCGUGUACCAACUAUGCUUCUCCUAGGAUAGGAUAUUAUAUCAAUCUUGUGCGCUUGUAUGCAGUAUUACUUCUGUUUCCUUUCAAUUUGUAUAUUAAUGUCGAUUUUACCUACUCAAUACUGGUCAUGCAUAAAUAUCUAUUUGUCUAAGCACUUGCAGUAUGAGACUUUCCUUCAUAGUUGUAAUAUCCCAAGUCCAUAUUAACGACUUGUGAAAUGAUUUGUAAAUAAAGACCUAUUCCUCCACAA